AUGAAGCUGGAUGUCAGAUCGAACCCGGCCAUGAUCGACUUGAGAAUGAAUUACCGAAAUCUCUUGAACGAGUUCAAGGUUCACAACGGCAAGAUCGUGUCCAACCAGUUUGUCUUGAUGAAGCCGCGGCCCAAAGCCGCUUUGAACAAGCCGAAGGCAUUGGAGUACCCGGAGGGCGUCAACAAGGCGCUCUUCCGGAAGGUCGCGCAGAUGCGCGCCAAGGCCAAAGAAGACGGUGGGCCUCUGUCGCCGAAGAGCGCUCGGAGCGGCAAUGACGACUUGCUCCCUGUAGAGGAGGACGUCGACGAGGACGGAAGUCCGCGAAGCAAGCCGGACCCGACUCUUCAGAAAGAGGUUCGGGAGAUCGCCAGGAAUGCCAAGGUUCAGGCGACACACUCGUCCAUGGAGUACCCGCCGAACAGCGGCAAUGGCGGCCCCGGCAACUCUUCGAAGCUUCGAUAA